AUGUUUGAACCGAAGAACAUCUAUCUCACGAUGCGUGAUAGGGAUUUCGACCUGGAAAAGCCAAGAGCUGUCCUUCUUGGGCAUAUGCUAGCGCAGGUCUGGUCGAAGACUACGGAGGCACAAGGGCCGUUAGAGCUCAAACAGCUUCUUGAACACCUGGCAUACCCGCCGCAUCCACGGCUUCGAUUCGGCUUCAGGGCUGUUGACGACUUUGUCGGCUGGUUUCCGUCGCCUCCGGACGGCUGGUACGGCAAUGAACCAGCUACUUUCAACAGUAAGAAGGAGUACGAAGAUUGGAUUGUUAGCGAAGAGGUGUUCGGUCCGCUCGUAGAGGCCGCGGAAGUCGAGGAGGGUUUGGAGGACGGCGCUGAAUGGCCAUACCCGUAUGGCAAAUAUUCGCUCUUCAAGUCGCUUGAUGCGGUCAAAGAGGACCUUCUUCGACAGUGA